CACCACUUCCAAACACAGAGCAAACCCGCAGAGCCUUGAACGUAACUGGUUACAACCAGUGAGAAAUAAUUCCUCUCUCCCACCUACCCAACCCUGCCCCAGCCAAUCCAGAGCACUUGAAGGCAACCGGCGGCCACUGCACUUCCUUAGGGAAAGUCAGGAGCUCAGGCUUGACCAUCCCAUUGAGUCCUGUCCAAGAACGCAGGGGACCGGAUAAAGAUAAGUGGGACCCAGGCUCGGCUGCCAGGUACCUGCUAUUCCCACUCCAGCAGACCCAGCUUGGCCGGGUUGCAGCAUGACUCUGUGGAAUGGUGAGCUGCCUUUCUACCCCCAGCCCCGGCAUGCCCCUGGCAUCAGCGUCCCACUGCUCAUCGUCAUUCUGGUGUUCCUGGCCUUGGCUGCCAGCUUCCUGCUCAUCUUGCCUGGGAUUCGUGGCCACUCGCGCUGGUUUUGGCUGGUGAGAGUUCUUCUCAGUCUCUUCAUAGGCGCAGAAAUUGUGGCCGUGCACUUCAGCGCACAGUGGUCAGUGGGUGGGGUGAACACCAACACAUCCUACAAGGCCUUCAGCGCAGCACGAGUCAGAGCCCAUGUUGGUCUGCACGUCGGCCUGGAGGGAAUUAAUAUUACACUCACAGGGACCCCAGUGCAGCAGCUGAACGAAACUAUAGACUACAACGAGCGCUUCAACUGGCGCCUGGGCGAGAACUAUGCCGAGGAGUACUCGGAGGCGCUUGAGAAGGGGCUGCCAGAUCCAGUUCUCUACUUGGCCGAGAAGUUCACCCCGAGCAGCCCCUGCGGGCUCUACCGCCAGUACCGCCUGGCGGGGCACUAUGCUUCGGCCACGCUGUGGGUGGCUUUCUGCUUCUGGCUCCUCUCCAACGGGCUGCUCUCCAUGCCGGUUCCGCUCUACGGGGGCCUGGCGCUCCUGACCACCGGUGCCUUCACGCUCUUCUCUAUCUUCGCCUUCGCCUCCAUCUCCAGCGUGCAGCUCUGCCCGCUCCGUCUCGGCUCCGCCACUCUCACCACUCACUAUGGCUCCGCCUUUUGGGUCACCCUGGCCACCGGCAUCCUGUGCCUCCUGCUGGGAGUGGCGGUGGUGAGUCUCCACUACUCUUGGCCCAGCGCGCUUCGCACCUUCCUGGACCGAAGCGGCAAGGACUAUGGUAGCCAGGCGAAAGGGAGCUCGCCUCUCAUCCUGAACAACCCACUGCAUAAGCAGUUUGGAGCCCUGGACUUAACGACCAAUACUAACCUCUGAGGGGGACUCAUCCUCAGACUGUUACCCCACCUCGGUUCCCAGCAAGCCAGGUAGCAAUGCCGGCUGGGGCUGGGCCGGGAUAGCCCAAAGAAAGUCACUGCUCGG